UCUAUAAAUACUCCCUGUUUCUGUAACAUUUACUGUAUAAGCUGUUGUCAUGUUCUGGCUAGUUAUCCUAAUGUACCAAAGAUUAUGUUAAGUGCUUAUAUGAACCUUUGAUUUUGGGAACAAUGCAGUAUGAUGCAUCCAGGUUUUUUUUUUUUUUUUUGCACAUACAAAUAUAUUAGAUAUACCAGGCAGCAGUCCCUACAAUUUUUGACAGUUGGCUUGCCUGGCUAGGCAUGAUAGGAAUUGUAGUUCAGAAACACUAAAGAACCCUUAAUCCAAGAAUUAAGAGGUUCAUCUGCAUAUUCCUUCUGUAUCCUGGGAAGACAGUAGAAAGAUCUGCUAAUGGCAAAGGAAUUGGACUUCAUCUCACCAGCUCAAGCCAACAGCACACAUGCCUCUGAUGGCACACGAAACUUAACAAAUGCGCUUGCAUUUAUUCUUUGGGUUGUUUUUUUUUUUUUGCUCCAGCUAAUAUAGGAGAGAUCAUGGCCAGAGAUGGAAUUCUGGUGCUCAACUGCAACAUAUGUGUGCAAGAUCUGCCUUUUUUCCCUGGAGGCAAAACUGAUUUCAUUUGUAUAAAAUGUGUGUGGAAAUUUUGAAAGCAGAGAUUGGAGAACCGGAGGUCAGAGUGUUACGCCUAUAUCUCUAGUUCCUCAAGAUGAAGACUUCCUAAACAGUAGUGUGGAUACCAUUACUCAACACGAACAGGAGAAAAAUGUAAAGUUUACCACUUUGCCCAAGUGUGGGAAUAAAGAAGCAGGCAACAGGUUGCAAUCAGAAGCAAAAUGAUUACAAAGCAGACUAUUGUCCUAGAUCUUGGCGACCUCUAGCCUCAGAGGAAGCAUCCACAGACAUGAUUGAUGCAAAAAGCUCUCAUAGUUAAACUUGUCACCUGAUCCAAGUGGAAGUGAUCUAUCUAUCACUAAGAAGAAAAAAAACACAGUGAUUAUAAGUAGGACAUUUGUGAGAGAACUAAAUCAUGGCUUUUCGGAAGGUGGUGAAAGGAACUAUCCUCAUAGGAGGAGGGGCCGUUGCAACUGUCUUUGCCCUCUCACAACUUUCUCAAUAUAGAAAAAAAGGUCAUCUUGCAACUGUGGAAGCUUCAGAAUGCAAACUUGUACCAAUACUAAACUCCCUUCCGACUAGAGAGAAUCAUUUCCAAGCUCUGAGAGAAACUUCAGAAUUUGAUGUUCUUAUCAUAGGGGGCGGUGCCACAGGAAGCGGUUGUGCCUUAGACGCUGUUACAAGAGGCCUCAGCACAGCUCUUGUAGAACGGGAUGAUUUCGGAUCAGGGACUAGCAGCAGAAGUACUAAAUUGAUCCAUGGUGGAGUGAGAUAUCUACAGAAGGCCAUCAUGAAGUUGGAUUUUGACCAGUAUAGAAUGGUGAAAGAAGCCCUCCAUGAACGUGCCAACUUGCUUGAAAUUGCUCCUCAUUUAUCUGCUCCUCUGCCUAUAAUGCUUCCAGUUUACAAGUGGUGGCAACUGCCUUAUUACUGGGUGGGAAUUAAGCUGUAUGACCUAGUAGCAGGAAGCCAAUGUCUGAAAAGCAGCUAUGUGCUUAGCAAAUCCAGAGCUUUGGAACUCUUUCCUAUGUUGCGGAAGGACAAACUCGUGGGCGCCAUAGUCUACUAUGAUGGACAGCACAAUGAUGCACGAAUGAACCUUGCCAUCGCCCUCACUGCUGCCAGGUAUGGGGCUGCCAUAGCCAAUUACACUGAAGUGGUGCACUUGCUGAAGAAGAUGGAUCCAGAGAGCGGGAAGAGCCGGGUUUAUGGAGCAAGGUGCAGGGAUGUUCUAACAGGGCAGGAAUUUGAUGUCAAAGCCAAAUGUGUUAUCAAUGCUACAGGACCUUUCACAGAUUCUGUGCGGAAAAUGGAUGAGCGGGAAGUAUCAAACAUCUGUCAACCAAGUGCAGGCGUUCAUAUUGUGAUGCCCGGCUAUUACAGCCCUGAUAACAUGGGACUUCUUGACCCAUCUACUAGUGAUGGACGAGUGAUUUUCUUCCUGCCAUGGCAAAAGAUGACUAUCGCUGGCACUACCGAUACUGCAACUGAAGUUACCCAUCACCCAAUACCUACGGAAGAAGAUAUCAACUUCAUUUUGACAGAAGUGCGCAAUUAUCUUAGCUGUGAUGUUGAAGUGAGGAGAGGAGAUGUUCUGGCAGCAUGGAGUGGGAUUCGUCCCCUUGUGACAGAUCCCAAUUCUAAAGACACGCAGUCCAUAUCUCGAAAUCACGUUGUGCAUGUUAGUGACAGCGGCCUUGUGACUAUUGCAGGUGGGAAGUGGACAACCUAUCGCUCAAUGGCCCAGGAUACCAUUGAUGCUGCAGUAAAAUCUCAUAACCUUCAGGCCAGUCCCUGUAAAACUGUAGGGCUGCUCCUGCAGGGUGCAGAGGGCUGGAGCCCUACGCUUUAUAUCCGCCUGGUUCAAGAUUAUGGACUCGAAAAUGAGGUGGCUCAACAUCUUGCAAAUACAUUUGGGGACAAGGCUUUUGAAGUGGCAAAACUAGCCCAGGUGACUGGGAAGAGGUGGCCUAUCGUUGGGAAACGUCUUGUCUCAGAGUUUCCGUAUAUCGAAUCCGAGAUCGAGUACGCCGUUGGUGAAUAUGCUUGCACUGCAGUGGACAUAAUUGCUCGUCGCACUCGUUUGGCUUUUCUGAAUGUCCAAGCUGCCGAUGAAGCCUUACCAAGAAUCAUUGAGAUAAUGGGCAAGAAACUGAGAUGGAGUGAGCAGAAGAAGAAGGAAGAGCUCGCAACGGCGAAAAAGUUUCUGUACUAUGAAAUGGGCUACAAGGCCCGGUCAGAGCAACUGACGGAUCGGAGUGAAAUCACUUUAUCCCCAGGAGAUAUCGACAGGUAUAAAAAAAGAUUCCACAUGUUUGAUAAAGAAGGCAAAGGUUUUAUUACUAUAUUGGAUGUGCAGAGUGUGCUAGAGAGCAUCAACCUUCAAAUUAAUGAAAGUGCACUCCAUGAGAUUUUGAAUGAAGUGGAUUUGAACAAAAAUGGGCAGGUUGAACUCAACGAGUUUUUACAACUCAUGACUGCUAUUCAGAAGGGAUACGUAUCUGGAAGCCGGCUGGCCGUACUUAUGAAAGCAGCUGAAGAGAACAUUCAUCAACGGGAAGUGAUUUCAGUGGACCGGAGUUGUGGUGGACUGUGAGGUGUGGGGGGGCUUACAGCUCACAAAAAGGUGUGCCCCCGGUUGCCUCUUUUCAAUGCUGAAAAACAUUCCACUGCUUUCAGAUGUCUCUGCUUCUCCUCACUCUGAGCAACUGUGCAGAAAGUCACAUUGUGCAGCUCUUCUUUUUACAUUUGUGCAAAGAGUCUACUUGACUGGUGGCCUGUUGAACUGACUUUCUCUAGAAUCCAUGGCCAACAAGACCAUGAAAAGGAGGAAUUGUCCACCUUUGCCCCCCCACCCACCUUCCCGGGGCUAAUCCCGGGAGUUGAACGCUCAAACCAGGGCAAGGGAUCCCAGGUGAUAACCAGACAUGAAUGUAGAUUUCUUUUUCUUUUUCUUUUGGCAUUUAUACAGAAGCAAGAAUAAUUCCUCUUCUACAUUAAUAGAGUCCUCUCUCCAUUCUCUUUCUGCCUUUUGAUGCGUUAACCGGGCAAAAGUAGACGGUGCCAGCAUGCCUUUCAUAUGUUAAAAAUGGACUUUUUGUUUGUUUGUUAAACCUCCUUUUUUUUCCCUCCCCACCCUUUCAGAGAAGUACAUUGUGCUAAAUAUUCAUCGCUUGCCUAGAACUUUGGUACAAACAUUUUUUAUAAUGGCCACAGUCUAUUAAAAAGUGCAUGCCAUAAAAAUGAGUGAUUUAUCAUGGAGGAGAGUGCUUGCAUUUAGAAUUUUCAUAAACUGUAUCCCAAAAUAGAAGUGUAAUGUCCAACCAAGGAAUUGCAGUGAUACAAUUGUAUUUUAAUAAGUGGCAAUGCAGGGCUUAAUUCUUCUAAAAUGUCCUAAACCCAAAAAGCCAGCAUAAAAUAGAAAAUAAACGUAUCAAAUAGUUCUUGUUACUUUACCACAGCAAGAAAUUGCCAUUCCUUCCCUGGUACAUCUUAUAUAUAAAAAAAAGAGAGAGCUAAAUCCUGUAUCAUGUGAGUGGUUUGGCUUUGCUCUGUAAGUCUCCAUAAGAAUUUUAAGAAAAAGGUUUCUAAAAAUCUGACUUAAUUUGUGAUAGGUGCCCCAUAACUCCUCAGAAAAAUAGUGAAGGAAAUACCAAGCAAAACUACACUACUUUCUUGCUAGGAUUGCUGGUUCAAUUUUACACUAAUUUCUUUUUUCAAAAAAAAACUUUAACCUUACUAUUUAAAAUGAUUUUAAGUAAAAACCCUAGUUUUUAGGGUAAAAAUCCUUAUAGAGUACAGUGAUAAAUUAAUAGUGAAAUCAGUGGGUUUGCUUUUUGCUAUCUGGAAAAUGAAAUUGUAGCAAAAUAACAAACCUAAAGGAACAAAGUCAUGUGACUGUGGAAAUUUUUGUACCUCUGGUAGCCUUGUUCAUUUGUUGUUUGUUACAGGUUUUAAUAACACUUAAUAUUCUAAUGCAAUUUAUAGAUCAGUAAGAGUUGUAAUACUUAAACCUGCAGAUCUGAAUUCUAUCAUUUACUUAUUUUAGCAUUUCCAUGCUGUGCAUUUCUUCACUCUUCAGAGCAAUCUAUAGAAACUGGCCCUUUAUAAGGUCUCAAUAUCAAAAUGAAGUUAAAAUUCAGACUUAUUCAAUAUUCAAAAAGUGAAUAUAUUAAGGGCAUCUAUUGUUAGAAGUAGAUGUUGCUGUGUAAAAAUAGUCCAGCCAUUAGCAUGAAGCACCCCUAUUUUCUAUUUGGAAAUGUAGGCAGCAUCGAGGGGAAGGAGCAAGGUCUUCAUAAAAGAUAUUAAAAGGUAGUAUUCUAAAAAAUGCCCUCUAGCAAAAUUCUCUGUAGACCAUUUCCCAUUUAAGUUACCGCUAUGAUCAAGAAAUGUCAGCCCUUUGUUUUAUAGGUUAAGAGUAGAGGUAGAAGCCAAAGCAAGAUUCUCAUCCUCUUUAGGCCUGGAGCACUUCAGAAUGACUUGGAAUACAGGUCUAAACUGGGCCUGCACUGGGAGAUCUCUCUUUGAACACAGAGUUGGGGUAUUUUUGUGGUGGAUCUUUCUCUUCCUUCCUCACCUCACAUCACCAACGUAUGUUAUUAGAUGCUUUCUACAUAGCACUUUUCAAUGUGUUCCGUUUUGCUUAGGACAAAAAACGCCAAACCUUAACAAAAAGCUCUUAUAGAUAGCUUUUCUAAGACUGCAGAAGUGUGGAGAGGUCCGGAAAAGACGUCGAGAUGCCGGUUGUUACACAUUUAAUUAAUAAUCGAUGCAACAUUUUUCGAAGUUUGAGGCAAAAGAUUAAUGGGCAGGUACUAAGAGAUCCAAGUCCAUCUUGUCCAUGUGAAACACUUCAUCCAUUUGAAACACUGAGGGUUAAGCAAGCACCCAAAAUGUUGUGAGGCUGAGGAUCAUGGGACUGAUAUAUACUAAGGAUCUACCCCAGUUCUUAGGGAAGAGUUUUAAUGAGCUUUUGAGUGCGCACUUUUACAAAUAGACUUCUCGGAUAACCAGAGGUUGGACUAAUGUCUAAUGUUUGUCCUUAGCCCAGCAAACAUCUCUUCAAAGGUCUGCCAUGUUUUUCUGUUGACGCCAUCACACCCUGAUCAGGAAGCCAUGAUUUCGUUUAUGCUUUGAUUUGAACUCUAGAUGUUUUAGCCGACACAUCCCUUUGCUUCCUAUGGGCAGGGAAAGUAUUAUUCCCCUACAUCAUUUUACAUUGGCUCACUUCAGUUAAAAGUAGACUCUCUACUUGGUUUCUUUGUGAUAGUAUUUCUUUGUAUAUUUGGAAGGGAAUAUAUAUGAAUGUAUAGGAAGCACAAAGGUCCUUUUUGUAUAACAGUAAUUUGGUGUGAUACUAUUGUACAAUUGUUUCGAAAACAAAGAAAUAUAGGAGCAGACAGUUCUCUAGUGGUUGUGUGUGUGUAUGAAUAGGUAAGCACACAUAUAUCUAUGCAUAUAUGCAUAUGUAUACAUAUACAUAUACCGCAUGUUUUUCCAUCUGGCACUUUUAUGUAUUGUGCUGGGUUAUUGUUCAGGAUUGGACUGUUAAAUACUGUGUUUGAGGCUGGGUUGUCAUUUUUAUAACUGUCUUGGUGUUUUAUUGCCAUUAUUUAUUACUUUUGAUAUACAGAAUGAGCUGCAUGCAUUUAUAGAGCAAUAAGAGGAUGUAUUUAAUGUGCCUUGUUUUUAACUGAAUAAGAUCUGAAAGCAUGAAUCAAUAAAACUGAUUAAAAUGGUCCACUCGUUGGCAUUUUGAUGUUAGUGGCAGUUACGGAAAUAAAGUUGAUUAGCUCGGAACCGCCCCCCCGCUACCUUCCUUUUUCCUUGAUUUUUUUUCUUUCCUUGCGAUUACAAAAAGUUUAAAACAAUUUCUUAAACCUCUGAUUUUAAGAAAUGAUAUGAAUUCUUGACCUUAACUUUAUAUCCAGGACAAAUUAAAGAGAAGCCUGUCAUGCAGUAUUAAUAAUGGAUAUUGUCACUGUCAUGUUUUGUUGCUGCUACAACAUUCCUCCUCCUCCUCCUCAUCAUCAUCAUCCUCUUCCUCCUCCUCCUCCUAAGCAAAUGACGGAUUGUCUCCUGGUUAGACUUUUUAAUUUUUUUUAAUUUUUUUCAUUUAACCACCUCUCCUCAGGUGCCUUGUUCCCAGCCCACCCUGAUGAAUUUUAUCAUGAUUAAAAUCAAUAGAAAUAAAUGGAAAAGAUUACAUAAUCCAUUUUGAUCAUCUUGCAUGUCAGGUUAGCCUGGAGUCGCCAAAUCCUGACAAAUGUUCUGACAUGGAAAAAGGCCAUGUAUUUUCUAUGAAAGUAAAUCAGGAAACCUGUUUAUAAAUUUUUAAUGAAAAUGUUAUAAUUGUCGUAUUCUUUUAUUGUUUCUAAUUUACUCUUGGAGUAGGAUUCUUUUUUUUUUUCUUAACACUUUGUAGCCAAAAAAUGCAUGAGCAUGUAAUUAAAAAAUUCUUGCACCUGGGAUACGUGCUUGCAUUGUCACAAGCAGACAUAACCUUUAUUGCAUAAUAAGUAGCAUGAGAGAAAAGCAUCUUUCCAUAUCUACCAUUUUAUCUAAAACUUCCAAAGCCCACUGCCUUUUUUUUCCAUCAAGUGCUAUCUUUAUUAAAUGUGUAUUAAAUGUAUUUUUAGUACAUUUGUUAGUGCUUUUUUUCUGGCAUGACCUCUCAGUAGGAAGAGAUUGCUGUUUUUCUAUAGAUGUAAAAUUUAGGAUAAAAUGAACCUAUCGAAGUGGAUCUGUAAUGGGGACCAUCUGAGGAAGACUUUGGUUUUCAAACCUUGGAAGAAAGGGGUACACAAAUGGGUCCUGGAAAUAUCAAAGUGAUGUUAGCAUAUCUGCAGCAAUGCUUACAAUUCACUGCACAUCGGGCCCUGCAUAGAGAGGAAUGAAGAGCUUUAAUAGACUAGCCAUAGUUUAUGGGGAUAGGGUUGGGAUGUAUACGAAGUGGAUUCCAUUUUCCUUAAGUGUUAAUUCCAACUCAUAUAACUGGUAGUUUAAAGCAUUUAGUAGGUGCAGAUGUACAUUUAAUCUCUGUUCCUCAAGGCCUAGCAUGCUAAAUGCUUUUUGUGGCAUGUUUUCGUGACUACAGUGCUGAUUUUAAAAUAAAAGAAAUAGCUACGGAUUUGUCAGUCUGUAUACCAAGUCUGUAUUUGCCCUUUUCUUGCCUUCUGUCUUCCGCCUUCCAUCUUUAAAAGAGAACACCCAGCUAUGCUUCUUUCUCCUCCUCCAAAUGGAUCAUGUCUUAUUGUGAUACCAUAAUCUAAGUGAGGUUUUUAUAAUUAAUAUAAUGCUUACAAUUGGGACAGCCUUGAACUGGCCUAAAUUGUAAACUUGUCUCGAAGCACAUAAA